AUGCCACGUCAACUGAACGAAGAAGAAGAGGCUCAAAUCUUCAAAUUCUUCGCAGAAGAAUCGGAAAAUGCCACUUCUCCGUUUGAACUGAACUCGUUUUGCAGUAAAUUCAGGAAAAAAUACGAAACUGAUAUUACACACAAUGAUUUGAAAGUAAUAUUCUGCAAAUUGCGUCUGAAAAUUCACGAAAAGAACGAAUACGACAUGGAUUUAAGAGUGAGAAUGAUGUUUGCUCUGCGUGUGCCAGUCAAUUCGGAAUUUCUUGUCGUACUUCGAAAGAAUGCCGAAGUAGAAGUCAAUCGUCCUGGACGAAUAAUUUCAUACAAGAAAUAUGAUGGAGGAUUGGAAUUGGCGAUGAAAUCGAAAAGCAAAGUGUCGACUAAAAAAUCGAAAAUCAAAAAUCCGCCAACAAUGCUUAACGCUCAAAUCGGAAACUUGAGAGAAAAACACCGAUUGGAAACGCCGAUUGUAAAUGAGUCAAUUACUGCAUCAGAUGAAUUAGAUGGCACUGACGGAGAAAUAGAGAACAUAGCACUUAAAGAUUCGUUCGUCGAUCCAGCCUUCAGUCGGUUUUCCGAUGGCCCCUCUUCCUCAAAUAGGUCCAAAAGAAAUAUUCAUAAACGAGUGCGAUACUCUCCUAUAAAAACACCAGAUAGAAAACAGAAGAAGAAGAAGAAGUCUACUACGGAAAAAUCAACAUCGAAAACGGCAGAUUUUAGAAGAGAAAACGUCGAACCAAAUUCUCAUACAGGCCGAUAUUCGAUUGAUGAUGAGAAAGUGUUGAGAAUACUCAAUCAUUACGCACCGGCACGAAAUAGAUCAGAUGUAAGGGAAGCAGAAGAUACUAGAAGACAUCGCAUUUGUACAUCAACGUCUCCGUUCGAUCGAUCCACUUAUCUCAAUGCUGAUGGAUCUGGUCCUUCUUCAAGUGAUGCGCCAAUGGGAACUGGCCUCCGUUUCUCGUCGACAAUGACUGAAAAUUAUUUUUCUAAACCAGAUGAUUUUUCGUCGGGACCGAUAGUUCUAGCAGAAAACAUGCAAACGUCGUCGACUGGGAAGUAUUCAUCACCGUGGAACAUUCCACCACUCAAGGAGAUGGUUGAAAGUGAAGAUGAAAGAGAAUUACUAGACACACAAGAGGAAUUUCUGCUUUAUAAAAAUUCGAGAAGAGAGAAAUAUGAGCAAAGUGGCGGAGAAUAUCAUCAGAUCAGAGACAACAAGUUUCAAGAUUCUGAAGGUUCCAGUUAUUUCACUACGUCUUUAAUCCAAACUCAAACGCAACAUUUCCCCAAACCAGAAAUCAAUUCAACUCAGGAAGAGGCUGAAAAUAUUCAAAAUGAAGAUGAGGAUGAGGAAUUGAUCGAUAUUGAAACUAUAUCAGAAGAGAUCAAUUCUGAACGAAGAGAGGAGGAGCAGUGUGGAGGAAAUGUAUUGUUUCAGCACGAUGGAGCUGUAAAUUCGAAUGAAAAGUCUACUGAAAUCGAAGAGUAUAGAAAUAAUAUGGAUUGUAAAGUUCAGAGAGAAGAUUCUGGAAUUGGCGGAUGUCAUGAGUCGGCAGACAGAAAGGAUGAUUCACCAGCCGAAUUUCCUUUUUAUCAAAGUUUCGCAGAAUCUAAGUUUCUUUCAACCUCAGAAGUGUCCGAUAAACGUAUUGAUGAACAAGAAACUGUUGACAAGGAUUGUAAUGUAUUGAUAAAGGAUUCUGAAGAAAGAGACCAUGAAAUGAAUUUGGAAAACGCUCAAAAACAGAAUGAUUCGAUUCCCGUCGAUCCGAAUAUUCCAAUCGAAUCAUCCGAACGAAAUGGAAACCAACACUAUUCUGGUGAAGAGUCACCAGAUGUCGUUUUGAUAAGCAAUAAAGUGAACCAGGAAUUAGCUGAGGCUUUUGAAGAAACUAUUCACAACGAUUAUGAAAUGGAAACAGAACGUUCGAGAGAAGGAGAGCAAGAACAUAAUAUGAAGAUCACUCAGAAAGAAGUUGAAGACGUUUCAACGGUUGAAGCCAAUGUUUCAAUCAGAUCAUCUGAUCAAAUAGGUAGCAAGAUGAUUGAAUUCAUAAUUGUAACUGAGACAUUUACAGAAAAUGGGCUCGACUCUACGGAAGAGUCCACAGAGUUCGCUUCAAAUGAAUUGGGAAAUGAAAUCCAAGAAUCAUCUGAAAUUGUGAAGGAAGCUAUUGGCACUGGCUGCAAUAUGGAAUCAGAGGGUUCGAGAGAAGAACUAAAUUUGGAAAGAACUCAGAAAGAAGUUGAAUCAGUGGCAAUGGGCGACACAGAACCAAAUCUUCAGGAAACUAUAAUUGCCUCACAACUUGAGAUGGACUUCGUUUCGAAUAAUCAAGAUCUGAACAAUGUUUUGGAUGUGUCAAUUAACAACAAAUGCGCGCAGAAGAGAACUCAUGAUUUGACUAAUCCGCUUAUCUACUCUGAUGUCUCCGGACACUCAACAAGUACUCAAAGAUGCCAAUCCGUUCAAAUCCCUGUAACGCACAAUAAUGAAAUACAGGACAAACAGAAAUCAGUUUCGCCGUCGUUUCGCUUUGCACCGAAAAGACCUAGAGAAGAACUUCCGGAGGAAAGGUCAUCGAUUCUUGCAAGUUUUCGCAUUCAAAAUCCCAAGAAGAGCAACGAGACUGCCAUUCAUAAAUCUGAAACUCGUAUUGCCCCAAAAAGCUCGGUAUCUAGUGUAGAAAAGGCGUCUACAAAGCCAACGAUAGUUAUUCCACCAGAAAAGAUCCACAGGUCUUCGAUUCCCAACUCAAAAAUCUCAAUUAAAGAAAACAUUUAUACGGAACACUCUCUGAUUUCGACUGCUCCUGACAGUUACGAAAAGAGUAAACGUGCUCCGAUUGGGACUGAAGAGAAUCCAGAAGACGUCGGAUUAAGUUCUUCUGAAAUUGAUUCAAUUGAUUCAACUGCUGAUAAAAAACCGAAACCUGAAUUUCUGUCACCAAAAAGAGAAGAAGAUUCAUCUAAACCAGUGGAAUGGUUCAUAUACUCUAAAGCAUUGCUUCACCAGUUACGUGCUAUAAUAAUAACUUUGGAUUCUCCAUUACUCGUGGAUCUUCGUAAAGCAGUUGAAGACAAUUUCAAUACAAUUAAAGACAAGAAAAUUCCAAUUCAAGGAAUCAUUUCAGUACUCCAAACACUUCUCUAUGUAACUGUAAACUCUGCAAAACCAGAAGAGAAUUCGAAUAGCUCAUUAAGUUUGAAAAGUUUUCUCACUGUUCUUCGACAUACUCUCAACAAUUUUGAAAUUUCCGAUCUGGGUGCUUUUGGAGAAGAAAUCAAACAAGAAAUCAAUAAAAUAGGAAAAGACGAUAAGACUGUGUCCAUAGAGAAGAUCCGGCCAGCAUUCGAAACCAUUCUCCUUUUGACAAAAAUAUGA